AUGGCAGAACCCAUCAUCUCGUCUACUAGGCGAUCAUUGUUUUCUUCUGAAAGCAGUACUUAUCAAGAUAGCUCAAAUGUGAGAGACGAGUUCAUUGAACAACAACAGGAGGCUGAUAAUUCGUUGGUUGAGGAAGUACCAUCAAUGGUUGAGGAAGUACCGGUUGAAGAAGUACCAUCAAGAAGUCAUGGAAAUGAUGAUGAUAGUGUUAUAGAGCCAAAGCCAUGGAUGUCAUUUAAAACUGAGCAUGAGAUUAUAGACUACUAUAAGCAAUAUGGAAAACAAACUGGAUUUGGCGUAAUGACCCAAAGAAGUAAAAUGGAAGACGAUGGGAGUGUUAGAUAUUUAACACUUGGUUGUGCUCGUGGUGGUAAGGCAAGGAAUCGUAAUUCGAAUGUUUCAAAACCACGUCCGACAAUGAAGAUGGAUUGUAAGGCGAAGGUUAAUGCAAUUUUGUUUGAUGGGAUGUUGCAUAUAACUACAGUUGAGAAUGCACACAACCACGGGUUAAGUCCACGAAAGGCAAGGUUCUUUAGAUGUAAUCGAGCUAUUAACGAUUCUGUAAAGAGGCAACUAGAUAUCAACGACAAGGCAGGCAUCAGUAUGGCUAAAAGUUUCAACUCAUUGGUUGUCGAGGCAGGUGGAUACGAUAAUCUUCCAUUUGUUGAGAAGGAUGCAAGGAAUUAUAUUGACAAGGCCCGACACCUUAGGCUUGGUAAAGGAGAUGCUUAUGCACUUUGUGGGUAUUUUGAGAGAAUGCAGUAUAAGAAUUAUGGGUUUUAUUCCUUGAUGGAUUUAGAUGACGAUUGA